AGUUGGGGAACCUCUUCCCCCUCCAUCCUGGGUUGGAGCUUCCACUCCCCCUUCCCCCCAAUUCCAUAUCGGAGCACGCCAACUCAGUCAGUCCUUAUUCUGAGCUCCCCCUCACCAUCUAGCCCUGCACAAAGCUCCCCCUCCUCCUCCGUUUCACCCCUUGGCUCCGGAUCAAACAUUAACUCAGGCCAAACACUCAACCCUCAAUCUCUGUUCUCUUCAUUAUUACCUGACAAAAUGAUUGAGGAUUCAUCAGCUCCAGCUUCAACAUCUCCACAUGAGGAGCAAGAGAAUGUAAUGAGCCAAAGUAGACCCAGAGAGAGCAGCCAGCCUGUUGUGGACUCAUCAGAAAGAGCCUGGGCCUUAUCCUCUGACUCUUUCACACAGUCCAAUCCACGCCUGUGGCCACUGCUGACCAGCACAGGGACCGUGGGCCCCACGAAGAUCAACAUGAACCAAGAAGAUGUGGAUACCGUAAGUGAUGCAGAUACCUAUCUGGUCAUUACUUCAGGGGGAGAACCAAACUCCCUGCCAAAGAUCUCAGGAGAUCUUGAAAUGAGUAUUUUACCAAGAACUGUCCAAAAAUCAACAAACCAAUCAGCAGGUAGGAUGACACCACCUCUUGGAAUGGAAUCUGAAGUAUCCUUGGUCCCAGUUAGCAUUCUGGGUGAUGAUGUUUCCCAUCAUGCACGGAGGAGCAGGCAGCGAGACCGUUCAUCCGAACACAGACUUGCUCUUUCAGCAGGCUAUGAGGUUGACCUAGUGACACAGCCCCAGUUACAGGAUAAAGUCGAGGUUUCAGUUACUUCGACUCCAGCCCGUGAGUUUUCAACUCGUCUGAGUGUUCUGCAGGGUGUGGUGGAGAUGUCCCUGGGGAGUGGUUCUGUGAGUAGGGUGGAAAGAUCCAGUACAGCAAGUGAUACAGCACAGAGCGAGAGCCAGGACCGAAACUCCCUUCCGAGUAUCCCUGCCAGACCUGGAGAGCUUAUCACACCUCAGCCUGACCAGGGCAGGAAACAGGAAAGUGAAUCAGAUCAACACACGCUUUCCUUCUCUCAGCCCACUCACGUUCCUAAAUCAGAAUUGUUCACCACUCAAAAUGUAAACACACAAUACCUUGUAAACAGUCUCAAAAUAGAUUCAGUGGCAGGGUCAGUGAAUCAGCUGGAAACCACUCAUUGGACAUUGGAUUUCAAAGGCUCUUCAUCAGAUUUUGAUGGGUCCGUUACACCAAUCUUCGGCCAAGUAAUGAUUAAACCAACAUCCCGUGCCUGGAACAUGUUUGAAAUUCCUGAAUUGAUGACCCAUUCUUCAAACCUUCCAGUACAGGAAGUUGCUAAUGAUGCUGAAACAGAUACAGCAACAGUGAGCUCUGAGUCAGGCCCCCGUGCACGUUUCCCUGAUAUAGUUUCAGCAGUUAGCUCUCUGAGUGGUGCUGUCACAACACUGUCAGCUCAGUUACCGGUAACAAAUGACGAUGACCUCACGUCCACCAACAGAUUCUCCAGAUCCAUUUCCUUCUCUCCAGAUUUGAGCCUCACUGCCGUUUCUGUUGUUGCAAGUGGAGAUGAAAUGGCGUCAAGUGAAGUUACAGAUGACAGUGGUGGUGUUACAGGCAGGGAGUCCGAGACUCAGAGUGCUAGAGACACCACUGUUGAGGAUGAUGGAAACGCGACGCAAUUCACCUUCUCCAAAGACAGGAUGACCAAAGGAUCAGCCAGUCACAGCCAAAGGUUAGAGGUUACUCAGAGGGCUGAAAGCAGUACAGGAUUCUGGGUAAUUUAUGGUACAUCAGUGGCCAGAAAGGACAGUGGCAGAAGGAAUACUGUCCGUGACAGUGCUACUGAAAGGAUAGUUAGCACAAAGCCUUCUGACAAAACCCUUUGGUUUGAAGGAGGAACCAUUUUACCAACAAACUUUGCAGGGGAAAGUACAGGAGGAUCCCCGACUGGACAUAAUGUUGUAUCUGGGGAUACAGUCCCAUUGUUCAGCCCAAGAACACCUGCACCAGAGCCCAUCACAUCACGGACAGUAGUAAACAUAAGCUCACCAUUUGUUGGAGUUGAUCACAGUGCAUCUCCACCUAAAGAGAUCUUUCCAACAACCCCGUCACUCUCAGAGUUUCCAGAACAAUCUUCAACAAGCUUCAAGGAGUCUCUGUUGCUGACCAGAGUCAGAGAAACCAUUACGCCAACCUCAAGUAAUACCACAAUGUCGAGAUCUGGCAAUGCAGUUUCAUCCUCACAAAGCAAAAUUGAGCCCCAGACAUCUGCAGGCGAGAGGCUGAGAGAGACCUCAGUCACAGCAACGAAUCAAACUUUCCAGAAGGUGACUGUGCUGGACAAACCAGUAGUUACCUCUGGAACACCAGUCUCGGUCCAAGGAUCCUGGAGUGAAACACGGCUUGAUUCCCAAGCCACGACACCACCUUCGUUCCCGGUACUGACCUCCUCUGUUAUUUCGGUGACAAAUGUGAAAUAUCUUCUGCCAUCUGUCUCUGCCUUUGAGGCAGCAUCUCAACCAUCAUCUGACCAGACUGGCACAGGGCUUUCACACGCGCUGAGCAGCCCCCUUGCAAUCUCUGGUGUCUCGGAUCAAGGGGAAGCAGUCUGGCAAAACACUGUGAAUUUGAAGUUUACAGCUCCUUCUCCUCCAGCUUUACCUUCUGCUGCUGACAAGGAAGAAACUGUUGCAACCGGUGAGGGAUCUUCCUCGUUCUGGGCAGCCCAGAUGAACCAAUCAGGAUUGCAACUUGUCGAUGGUUCUCCAGGGCCCAGUGUCACGCAUAAUGACACGAAGGGCCUUAACCGUGAUGCAGCUCAAACAGUCAAACCUUGGGGAAACAAACGGUGGCAAAAAAAAAUAUUGUCAACGCUUGCUGCGGUGCAUACUGUCGUAACCGAGGGCUUUUGGACUCGGGGUUGGUCUGAUUUAGGGAUGCCAUCAGUCAGCCAUGGGCUCGAACCAACCUCGGGGUCUUCGGCGCCCCCUGUAGGAACCACAUCAUUUCCGGCAGUGACAAUGAAACCCAGGUCAGUGACCACUCACAAAUAUCCCGUUACUCUAACCCCUGGCAGUGGCAAUAGCUGGACAUCAGGGAGGAAUGGCCCCUCUCUAAUCUCACCCACUCUCAGAAUUGGAAAAUCAAUGUCACCAGUGCCAACGUCUCAGCCACCGCACCUGCCUGUCAACACAACACCAUCAGAGAGAGCUGUACAAACUGUAACGCAGCAGCGUACCCUGGGCACACUUGGGGAGAUGUCGAAGUCAGUUCCAUCGUUUAAUCCAACAGAGAGGCGCAAAAACAUUUUCAUCGUGGAGAACGAGCUGCCGAUGAUCAAAGAGGGUGCCACAUUGAACAUACCAACAAAACUCAUUCUGGACAAGAACUUCACCCACCAGUUGGGAGACCCAACGUCUGAUGAAUACCAGAAUCUGGCCAAGGAUUUCACACACAAAGUUUCUCCAUUUUAUAAGAAAGUCCCUGGAUUUCAGCAGUUGCUGAUUAAACACUUCAGGGCAGGAAGUGUGUUGAUCGAGUUUGACGUUGUCUUUAUUGCAAAGGAAAUCCAAGGUUAUUUGCUGGAUCCUAGUUUGAUCUUGAAUAUUACUGGACUGAAUAUUGUGAUUGCUGAUGGGUUUGAGAUUGAUGGAGCCCAGGUGUUGAGCAUAUAUGUUUCAGAUGAUUCCAUUGCUUUGUGUGGUCAGGUGUUUUCCUGCCCAACUGGGUUCCAGUGUAUUCAUCGUGACAGAAGGAAUGUGACCUGCACCUCCCUUUGCCAUACUGACUACUGCAAAAGCAGCGGCAUCUGUACUCACAGCCAGGGGCAGGAGCCCAUAUGCCAGUGCCCUGUUGGCAUUGAUUACUGGUUCAUGGGUCCCAGAUGUGACCACAGGAUGACACGGCAAAGCUUGAUUGGAAUUGUGUUUGGUGUCAUACUCAGUCUUCUGUUGGUCAUGACAGCUGUUGCAAUCAUUGUCCUGAGGAGGUUCAAGAUCUUAUUGAUCGAGGCUAAAAUUGACCAAACUAAGAGCAGUUACAAGCGCUUCAGUCAGUUUGAUGAUUUCUCCAGUCAAUACCAGUCACAGUCCUGGCUCAACUACUCAGUCAGUUCUUUGAAUAAUCCUGGCUUCAGUAACUCUGACGAACUGAUCCACCUGCAGAUGUUGGACAGUAGUUACCGUUCUUGUCACGAGGAGUCUCUGAGUGGUACCUACAGCAGCUGGAGGACAACUCCAAAUGGUCACUCAACCUACAGGCACAGUUUACAAAACAACUUGGACAUCAGUAUCAGUAGCAUCAAUGAGCAUGCUGGGGACUCUGGGAAAGCCAGUGAUUUAUCCGUUUACAGCUGGCCUACUGAUCCUCUCCAGUGGUCACCCUUUCCAAUCUUGUACCAGCUGAGCAGGGACAGACCUGUAAGUAUCUCACUUUGA